AUGAAGGGAACCUAUAGUGGCAAGAGAAGAGAAGGCAACGGGAAUUCUAACAACGGUAUAAACCGGAAUCCCAAUGCAAAUACUAGCAGCGGUGCCUUUUACGAAACAGAGGAGACAACCAAAAACUUCAAUGAUCGUCUGAACUAUCUCCUAGCUACUAGCAUCUCAACUGAAGCAACAGUGACCGUUACUACGGGCGUGAAAUAUUCAGGUAUCUUGGCCGCAUGUAAUCCAGAGGGGUCUAACGGCGUCGAUGUUGUGCUAAAGUUUCCCAAAGUCAUCGACAAAGGUUUCGCAACCAGCAACAUCGACCAGUUGGCGAGCGAUUUGAAGGAGAACCUUGUGAUCAAGGGCGAAGAUGUGGCGGAGCUCCAACUCCACGACGUGAAUUUCUCCGGCGAAGGAAAGGUUGGUAAAGAGGCAAAGGAGGAAAGCGGACAGAAGGCCGAAGUGAAGGCCGAGUUCAAACCUUCCAGCAAGCUUGCAGGUCCUGCCACCGAACGCAAAAUUAAAGCUGAAUUUAAAACGGACACAGACAUAUCCGGAGCGAACACAGUUAUUAAGGAGCGUGAGCUCGAGAAAUGGGUUCCUGAUGAUCACGAAACUUUUGACAUGAAUGAGAGCCUGGAAGACAGCACCACGUCCUGGAACCAAUUUGCUGUGAACGAGGAGAAGUUCGGCGUCACUUCAACAUUCGACGAGCAUUUGUAUACCACGAGAAUAAACAAGGACGAUCCCAACUACUUACAUCGUCUGAAGGAGGCUGAUCGAAUCGCGAAAGAAAUUGAGUCCCAAGGUGCUUCAGGCAAUGUGCACUUAGCCGAAGAGAGAGGUAUUAUUGUGGAUGACUCUGGUAUAGACGAAGAAGACAAGUAUUCGGGCGUGGACCGUAGGGGAGAUGAACUGCUUGCUGCUCUCAAACUAAAUGCCAAGAGCAACCCACCAAAGGCCAAAAAGUACGUGCCACCAACUUUGAGAAGCCAGCCUCACAACGCUGACCCAGCUAUUAUCUCGUCGAAGGCCGCAGUUAUCUCGCCACAGACCGUACACCCCAAAGAGCACAAAAACCAGGAACUCGCGCCCGAAGGAGGACACUCUCAUUCUCGCAAAAAGAACCAACUUGACGAAUUAAAGGAGUUUUCCGAGAAGUUUAAAGUUCCUUACGAAAUGCCUGAGGAGGUGAAGGCCAUGUUGAAGAAAAGCAGUGAAAAUUCUCCAAAGGCUCCACAAGCCGCUCUGAAGGUGAAUCCUUCUCUGCCCCCAAAGCCAACAUCCACUCCUCCCACCAACCCUAACUCGUCUGCAUCCUCGAAGAACGCUAGAGCUACACGGGACCUAACUCCUUCAGCAAACAAGGCAGAGUUGAGAAAACCACCCGCAAGAAUGUCGCAGGGCCAUACCCCAGUGCACUCACCAUCAUCCGGGAGACACGCAAACAUAUCAAGGAGACGCAAUAUCAGCCAGGGAUCGUUUUUUGGAUCAAAAUGUCCUCUUGCAAACAAAAAAGACUUCUCGAAGAAUUUCAAUAUGUUUAUCAAAGGGAAGGAGGCAUUUGAGCAAAAUCGUGCAGCAGGAAAGUCAAAGGGCGGCGCAGCUUCCGUUUUUGUCAUCGAGAAGCCCUACUUCACUGCCCCUACAUGGUUCAGCAACGUGGAGCAGUCCUACAGAACAAUGUUCCCUGAUGAGCAUACCGCGAUUCAACGGUCACAGAUGAAGAUGCAACAACGCAGCAUGAGCGCCAUGUCAUCUCCAGGAAGCCCACAUAUGAUGGGUGUCCCUGGAAUGAUGAUGGGGAUGCCUAUGGGCCCCAGCGGGUCUCCAAACCCCUACAUGAUGGCUCCUAACGCAAGUGCUAAUAUGUACAUGCCGUUUCAGCCUCCCGCCUUCUAUCCGCCAGUAAUGCAAAUGAUGCCUAUGGGUGAUGAGAGAGGAGGCUCUGGGACACCGCCUCCCCAAAAUACUGGCUCCCCACUUGGCGGGCCCACUUUCAUGAACGCAGGCCCGGGGGGUCCCAUUCCACCAUUCAACUACUCAGCGGCUGCCCCCUUCCAGCCCGUAAUGGGCUCACGGUCCUUCCGGCAAGGUUUCCAAAACCAGUCCUAUCAAAAUCAUCACAAUCGGCACAGGGCGCACGAUCGUUGA